AUGGUGAUCCAUGGUGGAAUCUGUGGCUUCAGCAGACUGGUUGUGUUUUUGCAGGCUUCAGACAAUAACAGAAGUAGCACAGUGUUUGAUCAGUUUGUUCAAGCCAUUGCUAGGUAUGGGUUACCGUCUCGAAUCAGGUGUGACCACGGGGGAGAAGACAAUGCCGUUUGCUUGUUCAUGAACAUUUACCGUGGAUCAGAAAGGGGAAGUGCCAUACGGGGCAGAAGUGUCCAUAAGCAGCUGAUUGAGAGGCUUUUGGGAGAUCUUUGGCAGGGUGACGUAGGGAAUUAUUACUAUGGACAGGGGCAUCCCAUGAAACCACAUAGGAUCCGUAUGACUCACAACCUGAUCCUGAACUAUGGACUGUACAGGAAAAUGGAAAUCUAUAGAACACACAAAGCCACAGGGGAAGAGAUGACCAAAUAUCACAGUGAUGACUACAUCAAGUUCCUCCGAUCCAUACGGCCUGACAACAUGUCUGAGUUCAGCAAGCAGAUGCAGUGCUUCAAUGUGGGAGAGGACCAUCCUGUAUUCGGUGGGUUGUUUGAGUUCUGCCAACUCUCCGCUGGUGCUGGUUCAGUGAAACUGGACUGCCAGCAUACUGACGUUGCUGGGAACUGGGCAAGCGGACUUCACCACGCAAAGUAAUCUGAAGCGCCUGGAUUCUGCUUUGUUAAUGACAUAGUGCUGGCCAUCUUGGAGCUGCUCAAGUUCCACCAGAGGGUGCUGUACAUCGACAUAGACAUCCACCACGGGGACGGAGUGGAGGAGGCAUUCUACACCACAGACAGGGUGAUGACAGUGUCUUUCCAUAAAUACGGGGAGUAAUUCUCCAGAGCCGGAGACCUCAGGGAUAUGGGAGCUGGAAAAGGCAAAUACUACGCUGUCAACUUCCCUCUGCUGGAUUGUAUUGAUGAAGAGUCUUACAAGCAAAUCUUCAAGCCUGUGAUGGCCAAGGUGAUGGAGAUGUACCAGCCCAGUGCUGUGGUUCUUCAGUAUGGUGCAGAAUCUCUGUCAGGAAACCACCUAGGCUGCUUUAACUUCACCAUCCGUGUGGAUGCCAAGUGUGUGGAGUACAUCGAGGCCUUCAAAUUCCCACUGCUCAUGCUGGGUGGAGGAGGAUACACCAUCCGUAACGCGGCCCGCUGCUGGACCUAUGAGACAGCCGUGGCUCUGGACACAGAUAUCACUGAUGAACUGCCCUACAAUGACUACUUUGAAUACUUUGGGCCUGACUUGAAGCUGCACAUCAGCCCGUCCAACAUGACCAACCAGAACACACAGCAGUACAUGCACAAGAUCAAGUAUGUGGAGUCAUUUUACAACAAAGCUGCAGUAAUUUUAAAUGUUAAAAAUUUUAAAAAAUUUCAAUACCAUCAAUAAGCCAAUGCACAUGUAUGAUAACCAUCAUUUUUCAUUCCAUAGUAUACAGUGAAACUGGCAUACUUCUGUCUGAUGCCGCUGUUUUUACAGGCAAAAUAUUCAUAUAAUUUAGAAUAAUGCACAUUACAUUUUCAGAUAAACUGUU